UUAUUUGCAACGAGAUCACAACGAGAUGUAAACAGACGCACGUGUUUUCUCGAGCCGUCAAAGGAGAAGCAGACGACUGUACUACUGAGUGAAGUAAUGGCAUCAUUUGAUAAUCAACUUGUCAGGGAAGAAGUUGCUGUUGUAUUGGAGGAGCUUUUGCAGCAAUGCUGCUCAGACCUAGAUGCCAACACACUGACUCGGAAUAAAUCAAAGUCAAGGGAAAUAAAUGUUGUUAUCAAUAGAGGUCCUGAACACAUAGAUAAUCAUGAAGAUACACUAUGUACAUCAAAUAUGCUGACCAGCCAAGUGACAGAUGAUCAGGAUCAGAUCAUGGAAUUAAUGCCGAUGCAAAAUUCAUCCUUGAAUAGAGAAGAUGAAAAUGAUAUACUUCAGUUAAUGGCUUCCAUGCUAGAUAAAUGUUGUGAAAAUUCUCAGAAAGUAAAUGUUGCUGAGGAGAAAGCAAAUGAAUUCAACAAAGGGUCAUUAGAGAUAUCAUACAUGGUUGGACUUCCACAGGAGAAAAACACUGUCAAUGAUAUAGAUAACCAUGGAAAAGGUCUGGAUUUUAAUGACUGCACACAACUAGGCGAACAAAAUGAGGAAGAAAAACUUGAGUUACAAAAGGUUUAUCUUGUUCAGGAACUUGUUACUCAAAAGGGACACAUUACCAACUUUCAAUGUGAAUCAAAUCAAUCACUUAUUACAAGGAGUCCAAGCCAUACAACUAAUCCAAGCCAUACAAUUAAGACACCUGAAAAGGAAAUAUUUUUGGAGGAUCAAGGAUUUAAGAGUAGACCAAGCAUAAAUGUCAGUGAUUCGAUGAAUAUACCUAAUGAUUUUGGACAGAAACAGGACAAGAUUGUUACAGAAAAUGAAUUCAGUUUUGCUAAAAAUGAAAAAGAAGUAGAGAAGAAUACUGUUAGAAAUGUGUUGCCUCUCAAUACAUUAUGCCUUGAAACUCUUCAUAAAUCAUCUGCAGAAAUUCUUGAUCACAUGCAGCUUAGAAGUCUGAAGAUGCUUGCUGUGAAGAGUAUCUUGAAGCAAAAGAACUACCAAACUGAUCAAACUGAUGGAUCUGAUAUUGAGCAAAGUCUUUUUAAGAAAAACCCUUCUAUUUGUGCACCCAACCAAAAUCAGCUUGCAACAGAAACUAACCCAUCUAUUUCUGAAGGUGACCAAAAUCUUGCAACAAAAAAUAAACCAUCCAUUUCUGAACAUGAACUAAAUCUUGCAAUGGAAACUAAACCAUUCAUUUCUGAAGGUGACCAAAAUCUUGCAAUUGAAACUAAACCAUUCAUUUCUGAAGGUGACCAAAAUCUUGCAAUUGAAACUAAACCAUCCAUUUCUGAACAUGACCAGGAUCUUGCAAUGGAAAUGCCAAUAUCAGAAAAUUCAGUCUGCAAAGAGAACAAUGCAGAAGAAACUCAUGAAAGACAAACUAAUAGCUUUCUGCUGAUAUCUACAGAACAGGAACAGAAUCUUUGUGAUAAUAAAAUUACAUUUGUUCAGUCAUUAGGUUUGUCACCAUUGAAACAUGAAGGGAAAGAUCUAGAGGCUGAUGUCUCUUAUGUUGCUUGCCUUGCAGAAAAACAGCAACAUGAAAUUUCUAAUAGAAAUUUAACAUCUGAAUAUAAAAAACCUGGACACCUUACAAACAAAAAAAACUCUGGUUCUUGCUUUGAAAAUGAAGUUUUUGAAAAAAUUAAGAUUGAUGAUGAAUUUAACUUGAUUGUUGAGCAGACAAUCCCAUGCAAGCGUAUGAAACUGGAAAAUGACUUAUCGGGUCUGCAUCAAUUAUCAGAUGAUGAAAAUCAGAGAGAAAUAUGUCAAAUGGUUGGAGACAAGUAUUCUGCAAUUACCGGUAAUGUCCCUAUUGUUUCAAUUCCAAAUACUAGCACUGGUACUGAUGUGAACAAGGAAGAUACUGUAACAAUAGAUGAAGAUGGUAACAAAGACAUUGACGGAGUUGAAUAUGUUGAACCUCAGAUCAUUUUAAAGGAGGAGUUAUCAAAUAAUUAUGAGGGAGACUUACAUGAUACCAAUGGAAAGAAGACAAAAGAUUCAUUCGAUCAUGUUGUAGAUGAAAUAGUUGUCAUCAGCAAGAGAAGAGACUUUGUUGUAGCAGAAGAGCAACAUGUACAGUCCUCUGAACAGUUGGUUCCUUCAGCAGUAAACAAUGAACAACUGCACAUAGAUGAUGCAGAAUCACUGUAUGAAGAAGAUAACGCAAAAUUCCAAGCAAGUUCUCAUAUAAAAGAGACCAUUUUGGAUGAUCAGAAAGACACAACAGAUGAUUCUGUUCAUGGUGUACCAGUAUAUGAAAGUACAAAGUGUUUUAAGUGGAAAUACACUCCUUCUUAUGAAACAGACGCAGUUGUUCCAAAUUCUGAGAGAGAUGAUAAUGAUUCUUCGUGUAAGAUGUUGCUGAUAUCUACAUGCAAGAAGCCCAUCAGACUUGGGCUGUCCAAAAAGCAGAGCAGACUUGUCUCCCUUCACCCAUACAUUAAAAAGCAAUGAUCUGGCCAAUCAUUAUAGAGCUGUAACAUGCAGGGAUGUCGCUUUCAAAGUGUUUAUAUUUGGCUUAUAAAAUUUUUUAAGAUGUUUUCAUUUACAAUUUACUCAGAUAGAUGUUACAAUUCAACAUUUUGUUAUUAAUUGUUAUACCCUGUGCUGGUCUACAAAAGAUGUGAUAUAGAUAAACUGUGAUACAUUUCUUUUGUUGUGAAAGAUGAAAAUUUAAAAUAUUGUUUACACUGGAACAAAGAAAUUAAUUAAUGGCAUAACUACUUUGUUUCUACAUGUAUGUGAUAGCGAAUUGCACACUGUUAUGUCAAUGUAAGUUAAUUUUUUAAUUGUUGUUACAGUUAUAUGAACAUGUAUGAUUUACUGCCAGUUUUUGUUUGGCUUUUUAGCUAUAUAUAACCUGAACUAAAAAAGGUUCAAAUGAGAUUUCCUGAUCACAUGUUGUCUGCCAUCUAUCUCACUCUGUCUGUGUGUAACAUUUUACAAUUUUGACUUCUAGAACUACUGGACAUUGCCAAAUGUUAACCAAAUUUGUUAACCAAACUUAAUACAAAGCAUCCUUUUGGGUUGGGAAUUUUAAAUAACUUAUAACUAGUAUUUUCUGUGGCUCAAAAUUUUUGCCAUUUAGAUUCUAACAGGUAUCAAAUUAUAUUUUGCGUUGCCAAUUUUUGCGAUUACAUUAGACCGCAAAAAGAAAUAAAUUUCAACAUAACCGUAUUUAUUAUACAAUGUGUAUGAUUUUGACUUCAUCUUUCGUGUGGUUUUUUUUAACACUGUUUGGGGGAGUACCACCGAUUCUGUGAGUAAUGAGAGUGCUAAUUUCCCAUUACUUAAUCAGCCACCUGUUGUCUCUAGCUGCAGUAAUUGUCGAGUGGUCAGUGUUUAUUUUUACAAUUUCUGUUAAAGCUCACAUUUGUUUCAUGUUAGAUAUCAGAAUUUUGUAACUUAAAAAUGUGCGUGAAUACUUACAAAUGAUGAUUACUGUGGAAUCAUUUAAAUUCGUUGGGGUCAGUUUUCUUGGAUUGUUGGAUUUUUGCUUAUUCGUGGUGAUGUCAUUUCGUGGAUUUGUCGGUUUUUAGUAUCGGCAAGAUAAACUCUUUCAAAAUUUGUUUUCGUUGAGGAUGUAAAUUUGUGGGGGAGGGCUUCCCAUGAAUACCACGAAAAUUGAGCCACCAAAAAAUUUUAAUGAUUCCACAGUACCGGUAUAUAUAUAAAAUCUGUUUUAAAUUUCAUGUAACCAAUAGUCAAAUUACGCGUUUGUGUGUUUGACUGACUUUAACCCUUGAUAUUAUAUAAUUUGACUGAUCGUUAUUGAAGAUUAUUUUUACUUAUCCAACACUUUACAUCUAAGACUGUUGUUGUAUAAAAUAGGAUUUGCAAAUGAAUUUCAUACAAGCUCUUAGAAUACAUUAUUUGCAAAUGCAGAUCGAUACAUGUAACCUAAAAAAAUAAAUCGCAUCUGAUAAUUU